AUGGCAGAAGAAGCAGUUGGAGCAGCAGCAAUCGAGGUAAAGCAGGUCCUCGAAGAAACACUACCAGCAAGAGUUCGAGAGGGCAGCGUCAAAGCUGAGGAUGAAGUAUCAACCAAGAAGGGAGAGGAACCAGCGCCGCAGGCGGAAGGUGAUCCUGGAGAGGAAUCUGAAGAUGAAGGAGGCGAGGAACUACAAGAAAUUUCAGCUGCAGAGCAUGAAGAAAACAUCGUCGUUAUGGAGCAGAUCCUGGAGCCUUUUUUGGAGAUGGCAGCCGAGGGCCGCAUGCCAACGAGAGAACCAUUACUUUAUGGAGCCAAGCACAACCUUGCUGUCCUACAAUGUUCGAAACAGCCACACUACACCUCUGCACCUUUGGAGGACACCAACGUACUUCCAGUGCCUAUCUGCAAAGAAUCUGAACAGGAAGAGUUCGAGGUUCCUGAGGAGGAUGAGGAGGUGGCAGAAGAGGAGGAGGAGGAGUCAAAGAGUGUGCAGGAGGCCUGGGUCAGGCGGCAGCAGCUGCUGGACGAGUUCGACGCUUUGCACGACGAGGGCCAGAGGCUGCGCAUCAUGAACUUGCUGCUCCAGUCCAGGGUGCUGCGCUCCAUGCGGCGGCCAAAGCACAAAGGCCGCGGCGCUUCGUCCACUGCCUCAGCAGCGUCCGCGUCCGCGUCGUCGCGUUCAGAACCACAGGUUGCAGGAGACCCAGUCGCGAUCGCUGAAACUCUUGAGAAAGAACUGAUGGAAGCUGGAGAGGUGCGGCGCCAUUUGGAGGCUGAGUUGAGCCACAGCGCGGAGGAGGAGCACCUGCGGAAUCGGCUGAGCGCUGCGCGCGAAAAGGUGGCUGCGAAGGAGGCACAGCUGUUGCAGCUGCAGGAAAAGGCCAUCUCCAAGAUGCGUGCGCCGCCCGGGCGCCGGCAGGAGGCGGAGCGAAUGCUGAAGCGCGUGUGGCCACAGCUGACGCGACUGCGACAGGAGCGUCUGCUGCACAUGCGCGCCGAGAACGAGAUGGAGAGCGCCAAGCGACAGGUCGCCGAGCUGGAGGCGUUCGGGCUUAAUCGCUCUGUGGCAGCCUACGAACAGCUGGCGGCCGACGGCGUCAAGCUGGCGGAACACGUGCAGGAGCGCACGGAACAACUGACAGCGCUGCGCAACGCCGCCGACAGGGACCUGCAGCAGGCGGCACACCUGCGCGAGACACUCCAGGGCGCUCACUAUUCCGUGCUCGAAGCACGGCGCAAUGAUGUGCGCGCCUCUAUGUUCCUGCAGAAGGCCAGACAGGAAGUGCUCAAGACGAAGAGGAGGCGUGACGUGCUGUACAAGGAGAGUUCCAAACUCACACAGCAGAUGCAACUGCUCGCAUACCCGGAGCUUCUCCGCAACCAAGAGCAUGAAAGAGGCGUGAAAGUGUUCUGA